AUGAAGCGACUACGCAAACUGUCUGGUAAAGGUGUAGUCGAAGUUACUGAGGAUAUCAUAAUCAACGUAUUGUAUUGUUUGCCUUCAAAAUCUCUGGCAAGUUGCCGUUCUGGACGAUGGAGGCCUCAACCAAAUCUAAUUGGUUUCUUUUAUCAGGCUCGGGAUACCUAUGAACGUUCGAAAAUUCGUUUCUUCUUCUCGUCGAAGGAAUCAUCACUAGUAAUUGAUGGUAGUUUGGAUGAGUCAGUCAAUUCUCUUGGCAGGAAGAGAGUGUAUAUUGUCGCAUCAUCCAAUGGUUUUGUUCUUUGCAUUGACCUUACAGGGGUUUAUUAUGUUUAUAAUCCUGCUACGAGGCAGCAUUUGGCUCUCCCUAAACCUCGAAUGGAGACGAAUGAUCCAACUGUUGGAUUUAUUUGUAAGGUAGAUGACUCUACUAAAGAUGGCAUCUCCUUUACUGUAGUUCGCCAUUGGGAUUUUCUGUCCUCUGUAACGGUUGAAUUUUUCUCUUCUGAGACUAAUGUCAAUAACCUAAAUGUUGAUGCAAGACCUCUUAGACGAUGGAAUUAUAAGACUAUGAAAUCCCCAUCAGCUGGUGUCAUCGAUGGAGUAUUCUGUUGGCUUUAUUACUUUCAACAGAUCACUGCUUAUGAUAGUGUCCACAAGCGUUUCUGGGGUUUGGAAUUGCCUCAUGAUCAAGAUAUGGUGUUCAGAGACCGUUGUUUUCUUGGAUUUUCAGGUGGGGCUUUCUAUUAUGCAUUGAAUGUUGGGACAACCAUAACUGUAUGGCGCCUUGAGAGCAAUAUUCGUAGUCGAGAUGCAGUGUGGGUUAGGAAGUAUGCUGCAAAUUUCGCCAGUACAGUUCUACAAUGUCUAGAGGCUUUUAGACUUGUAGACUCUACACCUAUUGAGGUGCAGAACAUGGACAUUCAUCCUGCUAUUCCCCACAUCUUUUAUUUGAAUGUAAGCGGUAAGGUUAUUUCUUAUGACUUGGAGACGAAUAUUGCAGAACUUGUGUAUGAUUUUGGAGAAUAUUGUUGGAGAACAGAAUACUACAAAUUAUUUGCUUAUGAGUGGCAUCAAUGGCCACGCCUUCUGUAG